AUGGCUACCACACUCCCACAACCCGAGAUCGCACUUGGUUCCAGAAUGCCUGUGAUCUGUCAAAAGCUCAUCUCAGAUAAUCCAACCUUUCCAAAGAAUCAUAGGUUCUACGAUGUUGAUCAGCUCAUCGUAUUUGUUGGCAUGGUCUUCCUCCCUUACUUGCAGGUGGAGCGAGAUAACAAUCCGUUAUCGGUAUUGGAACUUCGGAAACGCAGUGGAUAUACAGAUAGUAGCGAAGUUGAACUCAGUUCGAAUGGUAACAUCAUGCUCAACUACCACUGCGAUACAAGGUUUCAUCUUGAUUUCAAAGCCCAUUUGAUGAAUAUCUGCAAAUCCGUUCUCGAUCUCAGCACAAGAGGACCAAUAAAUCACGAUGCCAAUCCGAAUCCAGUUCAAGUUCCAAAUCUUGAACUUCAGCUCGUCCUAAUCGACUGGGUGCUUGAAAGCAAGGUGAAGGGGGCCCGAAAUAAAAAACGAAAGUUGAAAACUUGUACGGGCUCAGAAUCAGACUAG